GGCAACCCACUCCAGUAUUCUUGCCUGGGAAAUCCCACAGACAGAGGAGCCUGGCAGACUACAGUCCUUGGGAUCACAAAGAGUCAGACACAGCUGAGCAUGAAACACACACACAUGUAGCUUAGAUAAUUCUUCAUUUCUUAAAUAAUGCAGAUGAUUUAAUGUAAAUGUUAAACUAAAGUAUGCGUGUGCUAAGUUGCUUUAGUUGUGUCCGACUAUUGCCUAUAUAUUUAACCCAAUUUUAAAUUAAAAUAUGUCUUCAGUCCACAUGGACUUUUAAAACUUAAUCUUUUCUGUGAAGCCUUUUACUGUACACUCCCCAUCAGGCAUGGUUGUUUAUUUCCAUCUCUGCUUAUACAAAUAGAUGCUGCAUACACCUCAAAGUAUUGCAUUUACCACACUGUCCUGUAAUUUAAGUGUCUGUCUCCAUUAGGAGACUGUGAGCAACUUGAGGACAGGGAAUAUAUCUUCACAGUUUUGCAUCUAUAGUGUCAACUGUGAUGCCUUAGCAUGUAGAAGACACUCUGUCUUGCCUAAGUGUAACCGAUGGAUCAAUGACCACUUUAUUGUACAACUGGAACUUUUAACUUUCCCUGAAACCAAAUUUAUACAACUUUCUUCACAGAUAAUUUGUUAAGAAUGACAUUCUUUCUUUUGGUUAUUCUCAAAUAAAAGUGAUGUUUAUUAAACAUAGAAACAAUUGAAUGGUACAUAUUUUUAUCACAUAUACAAUUUUUCAUAUACAGUUAUUGUUUUAAAUUUAUUUUACUAUCAUAUAAAACAUACUUUUAAAACAUAAGACAUAUAAUUUGAUAAAUAUAUUCUCCAGCUUAGUAUAAAUGUUUAACAUGGUGAUGAGCCAACUUUGAGAAGAAAGUUGCUACAAAGCUAAGGCAUGUGAUUGCUUUUGAAUGAUUUUUUUUUUUCAAAAUUUUGAUUAUGUAUUUCAUACAAAGGAAUGCAAGUGAAAAACAGGUUUGAUAUUUUUCUUUUCUUUUUUUCCCUCUUUGAAACAAUAAGAUUCCUUCUCAUACUUAAUCUAAAGAUGAAAGAUUGUCAAUUCAAAAGGAAUGACAUUUAUUUUUAAAGGAGGAAUAUCUGCAACCUUAAGGACUGUAAGCUCCACACUACAAGGUGAAAGUGAAAGUCGCUCAGUCGUGUACGACUCUUCGUGUCCUCCUCUUUGCGAUCCCAUGGACUGUAGUCGGCCAGGCUCCCCUGUUCAUGGAAUUCUCCAGGCGAGAAUACUGGACUGGGUAGCCGUUCCCUUCUCCAGGGGAUCUUCCCAACCCAGGGACUGAACCCAAGUCUCCCGCAUUGCAGACGGUUUCUUUACCGUGUGAGCCACCAAGAGUACCUCUGGAAAAGGUUAAAGAUAACAAACCACAGAGAUGCACAUCACUCUUCCGAGGAGCCUAGAGGGGCCCCGGAAAUGCCCCGAGGGGUGGGCACCGCAGGGAGCCGGUGACGCACUUCCGACUCGGGCUGUUCGUAAUUUUUUGUCGCGGGAUUUGACAGCUUCAGGUAGGGUGUCGCAAAGAGUCGGACACGACUGAGCGACUGAACUGAACUGAACUGAACUGAGGUAGGGUAGCGGUUUCUGGGUAGGAGGAGUCUGGGAGGGGCUCGGGGAGGUGGGAUCUCGUUUAGGACCCGACAGUCGGCAGCCGCUUCUUUGGGGAGAUCCGAUGUGUUCUGCGGCUUCUUGCUGGGUUUACUGUCACCUCAGCUGAAGGUGGAACUCCGGGAAAGUGCGCACGAGCGAGAGAAGGAUGAGUUGGAGCUGGACCGCAAGUCAAAGCACGAUCGCCCCUCCGGCCCUAGGUGAUGGACUUUGGACAGUGAAAGUGGAGGAAGACUCCCUCGGAAGUGGGGAGUCCGACCGGCCCUGGGACUGUCCGGAUCCCGAAACUUUCCGAUGUCAUUUUAGGCAGUUCCGUUAUCAGGAGGUGGCUGGACCGGAAGAGGCGCUGAGCCGGCUCAGGGAACUUUGUUGUCGAUGGCUGAGGCCAGAGGUGCACUCGAAAGAGCAGAUCCUGGAGCUGCUGGUGCUGGAGCAGUUCCUGACUAUCCUGCCCCAGGAGAUCCAAGCCUGGGUGCGGAAGCACUGCCCGCAGAGCGGGGAGGAGGCGGCCGCCCUGGUGCGGUCUCUUCAGAGGCAGCCUGCUGGGACCUCACGCCAGGGGUUGGUGACAGUCCAGGAUGUGGCCGUGUCUCUAACCUGGGAGGAGUGGGAGCGUCUGGACCCAGCACAGAAGCACUUCUUCAGGGAGAGUGCACCGAAGGAUCAUGGAAAUGCAGUCUCACCAAGUUCGGAAACCAGAAUUGAGAACAAAGAGUUGAUUCCAAAGCAAGAAAUUCUAGAAGUGGAGCUUCAAGGGCAGCUACAAGGAUUUCAGGAGAAGGCUCCCCUAUCUUCUGAGUGUGGUGAUGCCCAGGACAGGAGAGAGAAGUCCUUGGGAGACCCCUCAUCGCUAAAACGUGAAAAUUCUCCUGAAGAUCAGGGAGUCACCCACAUCUCAGAUCUCAGGAAUGGUCCCAGCGAAGAAGGAGACGUCAAAAACAAAGAAUUCAGGACCAGUGCUGAGAGUUCAGACUUUGUUCCUGGUCAGUACGUCCCAACAGCAAGGAGACCCGUCACUGGGGAUGAAUAUGGGAACAACUGCCAACACAGGUUAGACAUAGUGAAACCUCAUGAAUCUCUCAACAGUGAGGAAAAUCGCCAUCAUUCGGGCCUAUUUGAGACUCAGAGGUGGUUCCAUGAAGAAAGACCUUACACAUGUGACAGCUGUGAGAAGAGCUUCAAACAGCGUUCCGACCUCCUUAAACACCAUCGAAUCCACACUGGGGAGAGGCCCUAUGGGUGUUCUGUGUGUGGGAGGCGCUUCAGUCAGAGCGCCACCCUCAUUAAACACCAGAGGACACACACCGGUGAGAAGCCGUACACGUGUCCCAAGUGUGGGGACAGCUUCCGACAGAGCUCAAAUCUCAGUCGACAUCAGAGAACCCACCUGGGGGAGAAGCACUAUACCUGUAACAACUUCAGGGAAACCUGCCACACCUCCAGCCAUUUUAGUCAGCAGAGGACACACAAUGAGGAGCGACCCUACUUGUGUGAGGAGUGCGACAAGAGCUUCAAACGCUGCUCCGACCUCUCCAAACACCAGAGGAUCCACACCGGCGAGAAGCCCUACGGGUGUCCUGUGUGUGGGAGGCGCUUCAGUCAGAGCGCGACCCUCAUUAAACACCAGCGGACACACACCGGAGAGAAGCCCUACACGUGUCCCAGGUGUGGGGACAGCUUCCGACAGAGCUCACACCUCAGCCGGCAUCAGAGAACCCACCUAGGGGAGAAGCACUACACGUGUAAGGAGUGCGGGGAGAACUGCCGCACCUCCAGUCGUUUUAGACACCAGAGGACACACAAGGGGGAGCGACCCCACACGUGUGAGGAGUGCAACAAGAGCUUCAAACGCUCUUCCGACCUCUCCAAACACCAGAGGAUCCACACCGGCGAGAAGCCCUACGGGUGUUCUGUGUGCGGGAAGCACUUCAGUCAGAGCGCGACCCUCAUUAAACACCGGAGAACUCACACCGGAGAGAAACCUUACAGAUGUCUCGACUGUGGGGGCAGCUUCAGACAGAGCUCACACCUCGUCCGACACCAAAGAAUCCACAGAAAUAAAGUCCCAUCAUUUUGACCUGC